AUUUCUUUCUGCAGAAGAACAAAAGGGUCUUUGUUCAGGUGAAUUUGCUGUGCGAGUCUUUCUCUCCUCAUUUCUUUUCUUCAGGCGAUUGAGGAGUUCUUGAACUAGCUAAAUGAUGAGGGAGUGAAUUGAGUUACUAAACUUAGAACACCAGGAAAUACAAAAGUCCUAGACAUGAAUGCUAUAGACAACGGAAUGGACGAAUUCUUCGAACAAAUCGAAGAGAUCGAAAGAGAUAUAGAGAAGGUUUCAAAGUUAUUGGAGAUACUUAAGGAUGCACAUGAGAAGUCAAAGUUUCUUGUCAAAGCAUCUGCAAUAAAAGCCCUUCAACAGCGCAUGGAAAAAGAUGUAGACGAGGUGAAGAAUAUUGCUCUUGCAGCAAAAUCAAAACUUGAAGAUUUGGAUAAAGAUAACCUAACUAAUCGAUCCAAGCCAGGAUGUGGAAAGGGAUCAAGCAUAGAUCGAUCCAGAACAACAGCCACUGUGACUUUGAAAGAGAAGUGGAAACAAAAGGUGUUUGAUUUUCAGAAACUACGGGAAGAUAUCCAAAAAGAACAUAGGGAUGUUGUUGCCAGAACAGUUUUUACAGUCACGGGUAGUCAUGCUGAUGUUGAGGUUAUUGACCAACUGAUACAGACAGGAAAUAGUGGACAAAUAUACCAAAAAGUAAUCCAGGAACAAGGACGAGGCCAGGUUAUGGACACACUUGCAGAGAUCCAAAACCGCUAUGAAACUCUGACAGAAAUAGAGAAGCAACUUCUCGAGUUGCAGCAGAUUUUCCUCGACAUGUCUGUUCUCGUUGAAGUUCAAGGUGAUAUGCUGGAUAACAUUGAAUCCCAGGUUUCCAGUGCUGUCGAAGAUGUAAAGAAAGGGGCCGAUGCCCUCCAUCAGACUAGAAAAAUGAAGCACCAAACUUAUAAAUGGAUGUGGAUGACGAUAUUAGUUUUUAUCCUUGUAGCCAUUGUCACAGUAAUAGCAGUGCUUAAGCCAUGGAAGCACUUAUAGCCUUUAUGCAAGAUUAUAUAAAACUGAUGUCAUGUUUCAAGUUUUAUGGGAGUAUUAGCACUCUUUGUUAUCUCAUAUCCAUGUGACUUCAAGUAGCUUCAUUAUUUGCCUUAUUGGAGUAAUUAGUACAAAAUGGACAGAAUUGAACUUACA